GACGAAAUGACGCAAUGUUAAAUCCUGGGCGGUAGCCUACUGAUGAGUGUCAAACUAUAUUCGUUGGGAGCAGUUAAACACUUUAACUAAAGGUGUCACAAUGAAAGUAAUAUCACGGUUAUUGCUGACCUUUUUGGUAUGUAUUGCCCAAAAUAGCGUCCACGGUAAAGAAGAGAAAGAAUGUGAAGUCUGCGAAGGGAAGCUACAAAGUUUAUGUCAAGGGGACAACUUCGAAACAUCCUCCACAGUCUCCAUUUCAGAGCUGAGACGUUUGUUAGCUGAGCGUAAAGUGAGACUCUUUGAUGUCCGCGAGCCUGAUGAGUUUGCAGAGGGACACAUACCUACAGCUAUCAACGUACCAUUGGGCGAGCUGAAGCAGGCAUUCGGGCUGACUCCAGAUCAGUUUGCGGCGCGCUAUGGCACACAGCUGCCCCCCCCAGACGCUACUAAUGUGGUGCUCUACUGCCAGAGGGGGCGCCGCAGUGCAGAGGCUCUGGACAUCAUCUGUGGACUGGGCUACCACAGGGCCCGUCAUUAUGCAGGUGGCUACAGUGUGUGGUCUCAGCAUGAAACAUUGUGAGGGCCACAAUAAACUGUGUGUGUGUGUCACAAAAGAGAGUAUAUCUAAUCAAAUACCAGCAACCAGUAAUUACACAUGUACAUUAAGGAACACACACACAUGGAGAAGUGCUCAAAUGUCUUUUCAGGACGCUUUAAUAUAAAAAUGUUCUUCAGCAAUACUCAGUAUUAUAUAGUUUUUUUAAUCAUCAGGGAUAUUUUGUAUAAUGAAAGAUUAUAAUUGUUUUAGUCAGAGAUAUUUUGUUGUAUUUAAAUCAAAUACUAACCAUGUUUUUGCCUGAGGAAAUGAAAAUACUAUUUAUUGGAAUCGGAUGGAAGUGAUUGUGUGUGCAAGACAAUAGAAUGAAUAAACUUGGAAAGAGUCUUGAUCAUGAAACAAUAAAAGGAUACAUGUUA